AUGUCCGGCAAUAACCCCACGGGGCCCGGGCAACAAGGCCAGCAAGCCCAACCGGACUAUUCGACCUGGAGCACCACGGGCUUGAUUGAACGGAUCUCCGAGUUAGAGCGCCAAUUGCAUUCCCGAACGGCGGAGUAUACGUCUCCUCCUCAGUCUUCCGCCCCGGCGAACGCGCAGACACAAGAAGUUGCUCCAGGCGGCCCGGCGCCGAAUCCACAGCCGCAACAAGAACAACAACAGCCAAAUGAGGUACCUAGAUGGCUGGCGACUGGGAAGUUCGACCCCAAUGAUAUCACGCAUGCGCCGGGAGCUCGUCUCCCGAAGAAGCAGAGGAAGAUGGACCCAGCGAAAUACAAUUUCCGGUUUAUUGCGCUGAAGUUUGCGUAUCUGGGCCAACGGUAUAAUGGGCUUGAGCAUGCAAAUGGGAACGUCACCCCUUUGCCGACUAUUGAGGAGGAGAUAUGGAAAGCACUACGGAAAACAAGGUUGAUCUUCCCGACUGAUCUAGAGGACGAGGAUAUUCCGGAAAACAAGAAUGGUCGACGGAAGGACGUCCCAUUCGCGCUUAGUUGGGAGGGGUGCGAGUACUCUAAGGCUGGACGGACGGAUCGGGGCGUCAGCGCUUUUGGUCAGGUAAUUGGGAUUAAGGUCCGAAGUACUCGACCGAAACGCGAAAAGCCGGAGCCUGUUCAGGGUUCGGGUGAUACUGCUGAUACUACGGAUCAAGUGGCUCAAACUGAGGCCGCGGCGGCAGAUGAGAAGUGGGAUGAUAUUGCGGAUGAAUUACCCUACAUCAGCUUGCUGAAUAAACAGCUCCCAGAAGACAUCCGUGUGCUAGCAUGGUGCCCGCGUCCACCGGAAGGGUUCGAUGCUCGCUUCUCUUGCCGGGAGCGUCACUAUAAAUACUUCUUCACACAACCCGCAUUUUCUCCAACACCGGGCCCUCUUGGGUUUAUUCCACGAGGAAGCGGAGAGUCUCCAAAAUACCGAGAAGGAUGGCUGGAUAUCGACGCUAUGCGCGAAGCUGCUAAGUACUUUGAGGGUGUGCACGACUUUCGAAACCUUUGUAAAGUGGAUACGAGCAAGCAGAUCGAGAACUUUGAGCGAAUCAUAUAUCGAGCCGACAUCGAAAUACUUGACCCUCAAAAUAGCCCGCUAGGCUACGUGAGUCGACCGGAGUUCCAAGCUCUGGAGAAUCCUGUCGCGGAUGCCGUGGCUGGAGACCCCCAAAACGCAAAUCCGCCUGGGUGUCAGGUGUAUGUGUUUACUCUGCAGGGCUCCGCUUUCCUCUGGCACCAGGUGAGACAUAUGGUCGGUAUUCUUUUCCUCGUGGGUCAAGGACUUGAGUCACCAUCUGCCGUGCGUGACCUGCUUGAUAUAUCAAAUAACCCACGCAAGCCGAUGUACGAAAUGGCAUCUGAUGCGCCGCUUGUUCUCUGGGAUUGUGUCUUCCCCGAGAAAGACAGUAGCAAGCGAGAAGAUUCCUUAGAGUGGGUUUAUGCUGGGGACACUAGACAGACGAGAAGCCCGUACGCCAAAGGAGGCGGUAAAUUUGGUGCGGGUGGAUUGGUUGAUGAUCUCUGGUCCGUCUGGAGACAGCGCAAAAUGGACGAAAUCUUGGCCGGCGCACUGCUAGAUCUAGUACUUCAACAAGGUGAUCAGAGCGGCGUUCAGGAAGCGAACAUCAAGAAUCUGGAACGAGAGAAACAGAGCAAAGUGGAAAAGAUCUUUCAUGGGGCCAACGAGGGCAAAACUGGCGGGAAAUAUGUUCCUCUUAUGCAGAAGAGGAAGAUGGAGACUGUUGAAGUCCUCAACGCAAGGUGGCUUACAGCAAAGCAACGCAGAAUAGAGCAGGCGGGGAAUGCGGAUGCAUAG